CCCCUGUAGACGAGCAGAAGCGAGCAGAGUGAGGUGAAGGAGCAGAACUCACUGUCACUGACGCGCAACCGUGCGCUCGGUCACUGCACGCGCUCUCCAGGACACGCGCGUAGCUCAUGGAGCGCACACAUGACGGACUGCUCCACGGAAUAAAGAGCGAGUGCGAGACCACCAUGCGCCUGGAGGAACCGCGCGGUCUGCCAUGCUGAGCAUCUCCAUCACUCUCCUGCUGGCUCUGAGCGCUCCCGGCCGCUGCGCACACAGCUGGAGCGACGAGGACCUCCUGCUGCCGCCCGUCAACUCCUCCGGGAGGUUCGUGGCCAGUCUGGAAGUGGAUGUGGGCUACUCGAAGAGAUCCGUGGAGGAGCCCGAAGCCUCCUCGACGUGCAACGUGAGCGUGGAGAGACUCCCCACCAAACUCGUGGCGCGCUGGGACAGCAACUUCGGCUUCCAGUGCGACGUGCUCAUGUACACCACCAACAACCACGGCAAGGCGUUCUUCUCCGCCGCCUUCAACCGCGCGAUCUCGCCGGUGUACAUCGAGCACCUGGGCAUCACGGGCGGCCAGCAGGAGUUCCGACUCUGCGUGGGAUGCGGGCUGUCCCGGUACCGGAGGUUCCGACGGGGCAGGUCCGAGGGUCCGCCGACGGGCGACUCCGUGCAUUUCUGCUGCGUGGAUUUCGCGCUGGACGAGCUGAAGGGGGACCGGAGCUGGAGGCUCAACCGCAAACCCAUCGAAUCCACUCUGGUGGCUUGUUUCAUGACUUUAGUCAUCAUUAUAUGGAGCGUCGCUGCCCUCAUAUGGCCAGUUCCCAUUAUCGCGGGAUUCCUGCCCAAUGGAAUGGAGCAGAGAAGGCCGAGGUAAUAGAAUAGAAAUUAGCACCUUAAUCUACAAGAAAGGAGUUCCUAAAUUAGUUGACUUAGUGGCAAAACAUAGCUACAUUUGCUUAAACUCUCGUGUUUGAAAUGGCUAACAUCUCCUGGAUGGACUGAGAUAUUUUACUACUAUUUGCUUUUUUAAAAUUGAUUGUAAUAGAAAUGCAUUCUAUGUGAUAUUCAGAUGUCAUUUCAAAUGUUUGUAAUGUUUUUAUCUUAAGAUUCCUGACUAAUGUCAAGUGUUUAUAGCGUUGGAAUUAAACAAUGGAGUGUGUCUCAGGAAAAAAACAACAACGCAAAGCUCUUUACAAUGUGUGUAAAUGCAUUUUACGGCUGUAGUUAGUUGGUAGGAUUACUACAAAAACACAGAUACACUUAAAAAUAGAGUUUCUUUAUUGGCAUUGAUAGUAAACAAAUAUUCUAUAGAUUCUAUAGGUCUAACAAAUAUUCUAUAGAUUAUUAUAAUUCUCUCUUCACACUGAGAAAAACUGUUUCUUUUGAGGAACCCAGUUUUUCUUUUGUCAAUGCAAAAAGGAGGGAAAAAAAACCUUUUGAAACUUUUAUUUUUACGAGUGUUGCACUUUCAAAAGUUUGAGGACAGAUUUCUUGUGUUUGUAUUUGUUUAUGUAAAUAAUAAUAAAGCGUAAGUGACAUUAAUGUUGGAAACGCAACUUUAGCUUGAGCGAUGAACCGUUUGUAAACAAUGAAGUGAACACAUUUGUAUAAGGUUUAUACUUUGUAGAUCUGUCAUAAUUGUUAUUUGUAGUAUCAAUAAAUUCAUAAAAUAUU